AUGGCAACCAGCGCCCCCUCUCCAGAGCAGCCGAGCUAUGGCAUCGUGGUACAUGAACCUCCUAAAUUCGAUUUGGCUUCCUAUAUCGCCAACUACAAAGGACGCACCGUCUUCCGCCGACUCCACCUCAUUGCCUCGUGCUCCGUGCCUUUGCAAGAGGACGCCGCUCGCCUGGCCGUCGUAGAAGCGAAGAAGGGGAGCGACGUCCGAAAUUACAACGAGGCUAUUGCCCUGUUGAAGAAAGCAGCAAAGGGCCAGAAUGUGGACAAGUUCCUGGAUCCAGUAUGGGCCGCACAGCAGGAGAAGAAAAACGCCGCCGAAACAUCGCGGUUGGAAGGUGAACUCAAGGGCUACAAGAACAACUUGAUCAAAGAGAGCAUACGAAUGGGAAAUGAAGAUCUGGGAAAUCAUUACUACACAAUUGGGGACCUCAACAACGCGGUCAAAGCCUACUCACGUAUGCGAGACUACUGUACGACCGCCACGCACAUUGCGUCGACCGCAUUUAGGAUCAUUGCGGUUGCGAUCGAGCAGAAAAAUUGGCUGGCGGUUCAGUCCCAAGUGCAUAAAAUCCGCAACCUGCAAAUGAAACCCGACGACAUGACCAAGAAUCAACCCAAAACGUUUGCCGCCAUGGGCCUGCAACAAAUGUCCACGGGAGAGUACUACGACGCUGCCAUAAGCUUCCUCAACACCGAUGCCAGCUUAGGGGAUAGCUACAGCGACGUGGUUACCAGCAAUGACAUUGCAGUGUACGGUGGUCUAUGUGCUCUCGCAUCCAUGUCUCGCUCAGACUUACAAAUCAAAGUUCUGGAGAACGCCAAUUUCCGCAACUAUCUCGAACUCGAGCCUCACAUCCGCCGCGCCAUUAAUUUCUUCUGUGCAAGCAAGUAUAGUCAAUGUCUUGACAUACUCGAAUCACACCGACCAGAUUAUCUGCUGGAUAUCUACCUACAGCCCCUGGUCGCGGACAUCUACAAGAGGAUCCGCACCAAGAGCAUAGUCCAGUACUUUGUGCCCUUCAGCAAGGUCACCCUGGCGAGCAUGGAGAAGAUGUUUGGCAAUCCAUCAACCACGCAGGGGGGCGUCCGCAGUCCAUCGGCCAGACAGAAGUUCCUGGAUGAGAUCAUGGUUCUGAUCGAAGAGCGCAAAUUGGAUGCCAGGAUCGAUAUGGACCAUGGAGUAUUGGAGGCUGUACAACACAAUCCUCGUGCCGAAGCUCAAAAGGCCGCUCUCGACAUUGUGGAUGGAUUUGUUCGGGAGGCUCGCAUGAAACUCUUACGAUUACAGGCCCUCAAUGCCGGAUUAGAAGUCAAGGUCCCACUGUCAAAGAAGAAGGUUCCUUGGGAAGCAGAUCAUGUAGAAAGUCUCUACGAUGAUGCCCUUGCUUCCGGGCCAGUUGGCCCUGGUGGCCGUGAUAUCUUGACAGGUAACUCGCAAGGAUCGGCCCGUAAAAUUGGAUAG